UUUAUGCCUGUCCUGCAGGCUUCCACCUUAGCUCAGAGUGGCAGGAUGGAUGGAACAUAUUUGCGGAGAAGAGGAGGCCCAUAUAAGACAGAACCAGCCACAGACUUAACCCGCUGGCGCUUGAGUAAUGAAGAAGGUCGGCAGCGGUGGCGAUAUCUAGAAGAUGGCGAGGGUGUGGAGCGGAAGCAAACUGUACUGGAGGCUCAUUCUCUAGGGCUGGACACAACUAAAGCCCUCCCAAUCUUGCCUACAGCCUGUACUGCAGAGGAGGCAGCGCUAAAUGGGAUGAAAUUUUUCUCAGUCCUACAAGCAGAGGAUGGUCACUGGGCUGAGGAUUAUGGAGGUCCUCUCUUUCUGUUGCCAGGACUUCUGAUUGCGUGCCAUGUUGCUAAGGUUCCAAUCCCAGAAGCAAGUAAGAAGGAGAUGGUGCGCUAUUUGCGUUCAGUGCAACUCCCAGAUGGAGGAUGGGGCCUACACAUUGAGGACUUGUCUAAGGUAUUUUCUACUGCUCUGAACUACACAGCCAUGCGUAUACUUGGAGUCAGCGCUGAUGAUCCAGACUUAGUGAAGGCUCGAAAUAACCUCCACAGCAAAGGUGGUGCUGUAGGAGUCGCUUCCUGGGGUAAAUUUUGGCUGGCUGUCUUGAAUGUCUACAGUUGGGAAGGAAUGAAUACGUUGCUUCCUGAGAUGUGGUUGUUUCCUUCAUGGGUGCCAGCUAACCCUUCCACACUUUGGUGUCAUUGUCGCCAGGUUUACCUGCCAAUGGCCUACUGCUAUGCUGUCCGUCUCACUGCAGAAGAAGAUGAACUUAUCUUGAGCCUUCGACAGGAGCUCUAUGUACAAGAUUAUGACAGCAUUGACUGGCCAGCGCAAAAAAAUAAUGUUGCUUCUGGGGAUUUAUAUACACCACAUAGCUGGCUACUGAAAGUGGUCUAUGCAAUAGCCAACAUCUAUGAGCAAUUCCACAGCAAAAAAUUGAGACAGCAAGCCGUGGAGGAAUUAUAUGAUCAUAUCAAGGCUGAUGACCAAUUUACCAAGUUCAUCAGCAUUGGCCCUAUAUCUAAAACGAUUAACAUGUUAGUGCGCUGGCAUGUGGAAGGACCGAAGUCUCCUGCAUUCCAGGGACACAUUUCUAGAAUCUCUGACUAUCUCUGGCUGGGUCUGGAUGGCAUGAAGAUGCAGGGCACCAAUGGAUCACAAGUUUGGGAUACAGCAUUUGCUGUUCAAGCUUUUCUGGAGGCUGGUGCCCAGGAGAAGCCUGAAUUUGACAGCUGUCUGAUACUUGCACAUCAGUACUUGAGAAUCACACAGAUUCCAGAUAAUCCACCUAAUUAUGAAAAGUACUACCGUCAGAUGAACAAGGGUGGAUUUCCCUUCAGUACUCGUGACUGUGGCUGGAUCGUUGCUGAUUGUACCGCAGAAGGUCUGAAGUCUGUGAUACUGUUACAGGAAAAGUGCCCAUUUAUCAAGGAACACAUCCCACCCAGUCGUCUAUUUGAUGCUGUAAAUGUGUUGCUGAACAUGCAGAACGCUGAUGGUGGCUUUUCAUCAUAUGAAACCAUGCGCGGGGGCUGGUUGCUGGAGCUGUUGAAUCCUUCAGAGGUAUUUGGUGACAUCAUGAUUGACUAUACAUAUGUGGAAUGUACCUCAGCUGUGAUGCAGGCACUGAAGCUUUUCCACAAGUGCUUCCCGGAACACAGAGCCCUGGAAAUCAGAGAGAUACUGCAAAAGGGCUUGAGGUAUUGUCAGAAAAAGCAGAGAGCUGAUGGGUCCUGGGAAGGAAGCUGGGGUGUGUGUUUCACUUACGGCGCAUGGUUUGGAUUGGAAGCACACGCUUGUAUGCAGCAGGCCUACUGUGGUGGAGUGGCCUGUCAGGCAGUGACCCGGGCUUGUGAGUUCUUAGUCUCCAAGCAGAUGGAGGAUGGUGGUUGGGGAGAGGACUUUGAGUCUUGUGAACAACGUAGAUAUGUCCAGAGCACCGCAUCGCAGAUCCACAACACCUGUUGGGCUCUCUUGGGACUCAUGGCUGCUAGGUACCCAGAUAUCCAAGUUCUGGAAAAGGGAAUUAAACUAUUGAUUGAGAAACAGCUGCCUAAUGGGGACUGGCCUCAGGAGAAUAUUGCAGGUGUCUUCAACAAGACUUGUGCUAUCAGCUACAGCUCCUAUCGAAAUGUCUUCCCCAUCUGGACCCUGGCGCGCUUUUCUUCCCUAUAUCCUGCCAACCCCCUUUCAGGCAAAUGCUCAACAAAGGCAAUAAGAAAUGGAAAGAACGAACUGGCUGCAGAAAUGACCAAUGGACAUAGCUUAGGAUUUGCUGCUUUGUAAAGACUUGUAACCAACCUUGAAAGAAUGUGCUAGCUCUCUGUCUGAGGUUCUUUCUGAGGCAAUCACUUGAGGCUAGUCAAGGGACCCUUUUCCAAGGAACCAGUGAAGAGAGAAGUGAGUGAAACCCUGCUGCUGCCCUGUUGGUUGUUGACCCUUAUAAGGUGUCCCUAAAUUCUGCUGCGCUUGGAAGAAAAAAGCCCCAAUUUGGCAAAGGCAAAGACAUCUGAGGAAGAAAUGUAAAUAUAAAGUCCAGAAGGCUUGUGGAACUUUGCUCUUCUGACUGGUUGAGAGAGUUCCUCUCUCUUAAAUGGAAAUAAGUGGAAAAACAUUAGCCACCUUUAUUCUGCACAGACAUUUUUAUGCCUUACUUGACCAAACAAAAACAGGAAGAAAAAGUGCUGAAUGUUGUCUCACAAAGAGUCAGAAGGGGUGAGUUGCUAUUCCUAAGAUUGUUUCCACAUCCUGUUGACACAAUUAGAACAUGGAAUCAUAGAGCUGGAAAUCUCAAAAGUGCUUUUUUCAAGAGGCAACUGGACUUUCUCGUUUUUCUUUGAAGACGUUUUGCUUCUCACCCAAGAAGCUUCUUCAACUCUAUUCACCAUGUUAGGCAAAGUUGCUCUGAAAUAUCUGUUUCCAUACACAUACCUUACACCAAGGAGGAGGAUUUUUUUUCUUAAUGAUCUUCAGAAUGUUGUCUUAUGCUAAAAUGAAGCAUUUUGAAGCAUUUUUCAUUUUGUUCGAUUAUUAAAUAGUACAAAUGGAGAUAAAAACGCUACAGGUUCUAGAUUUUAGGAUUUC